AGUUUUUAGUACGUGGUCACUUGGUUUUCAGUGGUAACGAUGGCAGUUCCAGUAGCUGCAUUACAACUGAGCUCAUCAUCCAGCCCGAGUCUGCUGGAGCACAACAUUCAUAUCAGUGACAGAAAUUUGGGAGGGAUUUCUAAUAACAAUAACAAUGGAAAUGACACCCUGCCUUUACAUUCUCCCUGGACAUUCUGGCUUGACAGAUCUCUACCAGGAACAACAGCAGCUGAGUGUGAGUCAAACCUGAAGAAAAUCUACACUGUGGAGACUGUCCAGAACUUUUGGAGAGUUUACAACAACAUACCUGGGGUCUCCAGCUUGCCACUGAGAUGGAGCUAUCAUCUGAUGAGAGGAGAAAGAAAACCACUCUGGGAAGAAGAAAGCAAUGCCAAAGGUGGUGUGUGGAAAAUGAAAGUACCCAAAGAAUGCACUUCUGCUGUGUGGAAGGAGUUGCUUUUGGCUACUAUUGGAGAGCAGUUCAGUGAUUAUUGUGCUGCAGAGGAUGAAGUAGUUGGAGUCAGUGUUAGUAUAAGAGACAGAGAAGAUGUCGUUCAGGUCUGGAAUGGAAAUGCUUCUUGUGUUAACGAGUCAAACAUCAUAGGAAGGAUCAACGAGCUCCUUCCACAAGUACCUUUUAAAGCGGUGUUUUAUAAACCCCAUGAGGAGCACCAUGCUUUCGAAGGAGGUAGAUCAAGACAUUAGCAACUCUCAAGAACCUUUUUUUUUUUUUUUUGUGUGUGUGUUUUUUGUUUUGUUUUGCUCAUGAACGUGUUUUAAUUUUCUUCUGGGGGGGAUUGUGAUAAUACUGGGGCAAAUUUUGGAGCAUUCGAUUUGCUUCAUGUAUCAUCUUAAUUACCUCAAUGUAGUUCAUGUAUAAAGCCUCAAAGUCAAGGAAAUUUCACAUCUUUUAAGUAUUACUGUCAUACAUGAUAAAAAAUAUCAUUGUUUUAGUCUAAAGUAAAAAGUCAGUUUAGUUUAAAUAUGUCUACGGCAGUAUUUGUAUGUUUAGCUUUUCUUUUUUUUUUUUUUUUUUUUUUUUAAUACUUGCACAAUUUUACAGAAUUGUAACCAAAACAAUAACUCGUGUAGAUGUAUUCUAGCUUACUUUGUGUAGUUUACCAAGCACAUAAAAAGCUAGGUCUUUAAACUACAUCUAAUUUUGGGGGAUUUUUGAGCAAAGAAAGUAUCACAAGCAAACCUUUAUAUUAAUAACACAUUACACAGCUUUUCUAGCCAGUGAUUUUAUCUUUUUGUAAAUUACAGUAAGAAAAUACUGUUGUCUGUUCAGGACAAGAUGAAUAAUUAGUAUGCUGUAAGGUGAAUAUUUGAACAUAAAUUGCACAUUUUUUUUUCAUUUUCUUGUGUAGAAUAAGGGGGAUGGGGAAAGGAAUAUGUUAGUAUUACAAUAAAGUGACCUCGGUGCACAAGACACCUUGAGUAGAUGCUGAGAAA